AUGGCCUCCUCUUCGCCUCUCCCGCUCCCGCUCUCCCACGCAGACAUUCUCCAUGCUCUUGCCGCGCGUCUCGACGCGCUUCGCGACGCCAACGGGUUGGACGACCCGGACGCGCCCGAGCACGCCUACGAGCUCUCCAAGGCCGUCGUCUCGGCACAUCACUGGCUUGCCCGCCUCCAUGCUGCUGCAGCUGCCCUCGGCUCGGACGUUGCCGAGCUCGGUCCUGAUCUGGCUGCGCUCGCCGCCCGCGCCGCUGCGCACAUGCGGACCGGCGGCCCCACCGCCAGCACGCCGUAA